UGUACUUAAAGCUAUGGAGAUGGCAAAGAAUGAAGAUCCCCCAAAAGAUAGGAAGAGUUUAAAUAAAUCUGCCACACAUAGACACAGUAAAAGCAAUGAUGGACAAUCUGACAACAGUCCAGAUAAUGGCUGUGUAACCACUACCGUUGGAAGUCCAUGUUCACUGCCUGUGCCUGAUACUCCUAAAACUGGUGAUAGUCUCUGCCGAGAUGGCGCUUGUCAGCUCCGCGGCUCUGUUAAAAAGAGCAAAACCUGUGACUUUGUAAGAGGAAUGGGACAACAGCAACCUGAGAGCCCUAAAUACAAAGAUGGGACUUACUGGCGCCAUAAACUUAUGACCAGUGUCAGCUUUUCAGGAUUUGAUGCACCUCUGCGGUUGCUUUGUGAAAAUCGGAAUGUCUCUGGCAGCAGCCAUGAAAUCAUCGAUUACCGUAAUUUAACACCCCAAGUGCCCUUUGUGCCCUGCAUAGCAAAAUCCAUUCCUAAAAAGAAGACGUCCCCAAGGAAAGCCAUUAAAGACGUGUUCGUUCCCAAGAGACACAAGCAUGAGAAGGCUUUGUCACCAAGUACACCGUGUCGUGUUGCACGUGUAAAUGCUGCAACAUUGAAACGGACAAAGAAAUAUGCUAAACAUAAAGAACAUGCAAGAAGCCGGUAUAAUGAACAUAGUGAAACUCCCUCAGAUUCAUCGGGUGAAUAUUCAAAUGUUUGCGAGGAUGUUGCAUCAUUAAAAAGCUUUGGAUCUCAGGCUGGUUGUGGAGAGAUAUUUGCAGAUGAAGAUUGUGUUGUAUCGCCUGACAGUGUCUUGAAUGCUAUGUGUGACCGUAAAGCGAGUAAACCUCAAGUGAGACAAAUCCCUACUGCUAUAGGUAUCCAGGGAGGCAAUGAGUGUCUGGCCUCUCCAGCUCACGUUGGGGUGCUGGACAUGUUUGGAUUAUGGGAAACCCUAUACAGAACAAGAACAGACAGUUCAAGGGCAUUAGGGAAUACGACAGAGACCCCAUCACCUAUUGCAAAAUCUCCUUCCACAUGCAAAUCACAAAAUGUAAUAACAAACCCACUCAGACCCUUGGAGGCACAGAUCAUCAGGGAACUUAAUACUGAUGUGAUAUCACCAAAAAGUGACAACCAAGAGAAUACAAGUGAUGAGGGCUACUGUGAUUACGUUUCUCCUGUUUCUGAGGACCACAGCAAAAACUCUCUCACCCCAGUGCAUUCAAAAACAUUCCCUAGAGACACUUACAGUGGAGAUGCUCUUUAUGAGCUAUUUUGUGACCCCAUCGAGCCAGAGAUGACCCCUAUCUUUGAUGAUGAGCUGGAUCUAACUGACAGCAUUAUCGGUCAAUGCAGUGACCUUCCAUUAUCCAUGUACAGCUUUCAUGUAGGAGCAGAAGAAAAUCUUGCCCCACCUUUGUCCAGGGACUUCAUUGGUCAGGAGCUUCUGCAGAGUAAGUGGAUGGGAAAGGAUUGUUUACUGAAGCUUUGUGACACCGAGAUCUCUCUAGCUAUGGGUAUAGUUAACUGGCUGAAACAGAAGACUGAUAAAACCAACCCAGCAGAAAUGAUGUCUUCACGCACUAAUAGUGAAGAAACUGAUAAUUUAUGUAUGUCUCCAGGGGUUGGAAAACCACAAAGAGGAACUGGUAAUGAUGAUAUUAAAGAUGCACUUAAUUGUAAACAGAGCAAACUGGAUUUGCCAUCGCAACAUGAAGUUAACACACUAAUGUCAACCGUAGUCUCUCCAGAGAGCCUACCCAAAACCCCAUCAAGUGGUGUGUGCUUCAGGAUAUACAAUAUAGACUCUCCAGUGACUCCAAGUGGAGAUUUGCAGUCCCCUGUUGUAAGCUCCCCUGGCUCUGGAACAAGGUCACUGUUUGUGCUGGCCAUAAAUAAGGAAUCUCUUUGUGAAUCUUGCAAGCGUUACCUGAAAAACGGAGCUAAAAAACUGUCCCUGUGCCGUUCUUGCAGGUCACUUAUUGAGCACAUCAAAACUUCAGAUGUUUGGGCUCAUGCUAGUUUUCCCCAGUGCAAGACACUAACUGCACAGCCAAUAAGUAAAGACCUACUGUCACCAGCUAGCACAUGUGCGAUAGGAAGUGACAUCAGCAUCGCUUCCCUUGUUGAACAAUGUGCUAGUCAGUUUUCCUCCAUGAAGAUUAACCUUACCCAAAAGCAAUUAAGCUGCGAUAAAAGAGGUGCAUUUGAACCUGACCAAGGGGUUAGAGGUGACACGGAGAACUUUCAAAAAUACCUAAAGUCAAAAUGCAAGAAAACACCAAUCACGACUGCAGAGAGAGAAAGUGGCUUGUAUUCUAGACUUUCUCUGAGGCGGCCCAGCCUUUCUGAGGAUGUUCAUAAACCUUCACGUUUGGAGACUGAGGCACUUGGCUUUGUGACAAACAAUGGUCCUAAUGAUGAUGUGGUGUUGGAAACUUACAAGAAUCCAUCCUGCACUGAAUCUGAUGACCCGGUUGCACCUCAAACUACUAGGCCUACAUCUCUUCCUCUCGUGACCCCUGCUUCCUCAGAGUUUUUUUGUGGAGAGGACCACCAUUUGAAGAGGAUGGAACAUGGAAGCCGGACCAAAAGGAAACAUAGAUUACCACAUCACAAGAAGUCUGCUGUGAAUAGCGAGGGUUCAUGUGGUUAUGGCCUUCCAAAGGAGAGGAAGGUAGAACGUAGAUACAGAAUGAAAAAGUAAAAUCCAUGUCAAACAGGAUAUGGUAUACAGUAUGAUACACAGCCUGCCUGCAUCUUUUCUGUUGAUGGCAGCGCUGUCAUAGAAAACCAUUUCUAAAUAUUUGCCUGCUUUGGCAAGUAUGACAGAAACAUGCUAUUUAUGGAUCUGUGCUGAUUCAGUUUAUCCAGGAAAAUAAUAGCCUACAUAACCUUCAGUGUAAAGAGCAUUUUGCAUGAAAAAAAUUUAAAGCAGCAAAUUUAGGGUUUAAUAUUAUCCCCAAUUUUGCUAACAUUUUUUUUGUAAAUCAAUAAAAGUCAGUAUUGUCAAUAAAUUUAGAUUUAUAUCCAAAGCAGUGGCAUAUUAGAUAUUAUAUUAGAUAUUAUUUUUUGCAACCCUCAGUCAUGCAUUGGUGCACUUAUUGACUAGAAAAAAGGGUAAACCCUAAUUUAAGAACAAAAAUAUUUAACAGUUUUUAACAGCUGGUAAUGCAUAUUUUGAAUGACAUUUUAGUACUUCAAAGUGCAGCUGCAGUGUUCAUAAUCAUAUUCAAGGGUGCUAAAUAAAGAUUUUAUGGCAGUUUAGAUAAAAGACAGGACAUUGAAGCCCUGCUAAGAUUGUGUAGUCUAAAAUCAUCUAUUCUUGGAAUGAUAUAAUUUGUAAGAAUGGCCUGAUUUGAUCUUAAAACGUGUAAAACUUAAGUACAGUCCAGAAAGAUGAGUGCAUAUUCAUUAUGAAUUAAUUUGCUUCAUAGCUAAGCUAUAUGACUCACAGUGCUCUUAUUGUAAGAUAAAAGUUUACUCUAAGUCAUUAAAAAUAACUGUAGGGUGCUUGAAAGGCCUUAGGAAAACUGAAUAUGUCACUUAGUCCUUUGCCCACAAUAGCAAGAGGUUAUAUUCUGUACAUUACAUGCUGUAUUGUCAGAUGGUAUUAGGCAGUGGCUAUCUCUGUAAGUAGCCUCAUACAGGCACCUUAUUGAUUGAUUUACUUCAAUAAACAAUUGGAAAGUAUUGAUUGUUUAACAUCAAAAUAGUUAAACAUCCAGUGUGCGACAUCUAGUAGUGAGUUUGCGAAUUGCAACCAACCUCAAUUUCGAAAAGCAGAGAGAAGCUACAAUAGCUGCCACAGGACAAACAUGUUGUCAUCGUCUGCAUAGACAUUAUAUACGUAGAUGCCUCAUGACGUGCUGGAACAUAAUCCAGCGUCGCCGCCAUAUUGGUUAGGUCUCCUACGCUAGCACCAGAGUCAAUCGGAGUCAAUGGAGAGUGCGCAACUAUGCCCGUAUUUUGUACAGACUAUGGUUGCAAUAACUGGUGCAGUAUUGAUACCAGAUCGCAUUGGAUUACUUUUCACAAGUAAGAUUGAACAAUCAUUUUGGAUAUUUUACCAUUUAUAAUAUUAUGUCACCGUAACUAACGUUACUUACCUGUAACCAAACUUUGUGCAAAUUCUUCCUCAGUAGAAAUAAAUGCAGGGGGGCACAUUGGGGACUCAUCCAAGAUGGCGGCCGCGCUGAUACGUCAGUUCCAAUAUGCAGCAUCAAUCUAUGAUGCGUUUAUGGUCGUCUGAGACAACGUAGGGAUGAAACAUGCUUUUUGAAACUGUACUACUACUACUAUAGGAACAUGUCUGCGACUACCAUGUAAGGGGCUCGAGGUGUAUGUAGAUAAAAACGGCUCAUUCUAAGCUAAUAAAAACAAUACAGUUUAUUAUAUAAGGUCUUUAAACACCACUUUUAAUAUCAUUAUGUAUAUUCUAUUGCAUUUUUGUCAAGGGAUCCUUCUAAAAGUUACAUAUUGUACCUUUAAUACUGUAUAUCACUUAAUUUAGUUACCUCUUUAAAAUUAUGCUUAGUUUAUUUAAAAUUAUGCUUAAAGUUUAUUUAAAAUUAUGCUUAAAGUGGGUUUAUUAUAUGCAUUGUCAGGCAAUAUAAUGCAGAUUAACAUCUGCAGAAAACCUCUUUUCUUAAUUACAGCAUGAGGAUGGGAACAGCCACACUUUUUUGCUUGUGUCAGGGGAAGUGAUUAUGUCUCAGCAUUUCACUAGGCUUUAAGUCUUUCUGGUAGUUAUACUGUUGUAGCUCAGUCAGCACAGGCACUUAAACCCUCUGAUCACUGUGUAGUUUGGUGUGUGUGCGCCACUGAGCAUUGAUGAACCACAUAUGUAAUUAGGAUUUCAGGGGAAGGUCAGCUGUUUCGGUAAUUUUGUCUAUUAUUAGCACUCUUGUGCGAAUAAUGCGAAAAGAUGUACAUAACCCCUGCUAAUUUGGAUACACACUUUUAUACAUUACGUCUUUCUGGAUUUGUUUCUUUGUUAUUUACAUAUACAGCUUUAAAAUUAUGGUUGUCUAGGAGACAUAGUUUUAUAAAGAUACAUUUUGGAAUUAAUGAAUGAAUGUCAAGGGACUAUAGUAGCAAAUAUUGUAACGGGGUUAUUAGAUAAGAGAUCAUCUCUAUAUAUAUUUGUGUUUGCAAUAUUUUUCACACUGGUCUUUAAACCUCUAAAUCUUGAAACCAUAGCAACAGCUAUAUGGUUUCUACUGGUGACUACAUCUAUCUACUAUAGAUGGGAAAGCACUCAGUAUAAUGGCAGUUUACCAGUGUGAGUGGAAAUUAUUGUGAUGUUAAGGUUGUAAAGUUUAUUUUUUAGUUGAGACUCUGUUUUAAAAUGUUUUUAUAUUUGUUAAGAUCUUCUGGUGAAUAAGAUUUAAGUAUCUCAGAAGAAAAGAUUUGACCUCAUUAAUAAUGUCAUGCUAGAACAGUAAAACUGAAAAGUAAAUGAAAUUGAGAAGCAUAGAAUAUUAAAUAAUUCAGUAAGUCUGGCAUUUUUUAGGCAAAGAAUAGGAUUUACAUGAAAUGUAAGACAUUUGGUCAUUUUUCCAGCUUUUCUGAAACUUUCUCUGUUCACAAAGUUACAAGGGGUUGCAAUUUGUUUCAUAAAUUGCUGUGUACUGUGUAUACCGGGGUCACCAAACUUUUUUCUCUGGGGGCCACAUUAUCGUUCCUGACUGUGAUGGGGGGGCCGGGUCAGCUAUAUAACAUAGAAUUGUAUGAGCCAGACCAAAAUGACCACCAGCAGGCCUCAUUGUGUAGUAGAGAUUACUAGCCUGGCACAGCCAAAGUCCCCAUCAGUAAACGGCUUUCCAUGGGUAGCAAGUAGGUGAGCUAUCUUAUAGCUAGCUCGGACAGCAGCCUGGUUUACCUGAGUUUGGCGAAGGAAUACAUUCUGUUGUGCAGCCAGUCUGCCUUUCAUCCUCCGAAUCCUGUCUUCUCUUGCUUGCCCUUGCUACUCUUUGUGGCGGGUUUCGUGAUGACGACACAGAUUAUAUUCUUUCAAAACUGCCACACUUUCUUUAAAUAUAAUACAAACUGCACGGUCCUUACACUGAACAAAUAAAUAAUCUUUGGUCCACUGUUCUUUAAAACUUUGCACUCUCUUAUCAACUUUUCGUUUAAUGCUAGCCAUUUUGCUGUCCUGAACACAGCCAGUUCUGUGACAGUUAUCUGCACGUGCGUUGUCUGUCACUGCUUGAUAACGAGCAUGUCGGGUGACGAAAAUUCGGCAAUAUAGUUAAUUUUAUAACUAAAUAUCAUUUUUUAACUUAAAAAAAUCAACAAAAUACCAGAUGCGAACAUAUUAUUACUUUCCAAAAAAACAAUUACAAAGAUAAAAUUGCCUCAUAGGGCCAGUUCAAGUAGUGGGGGCAGAAGGGCUGGUCAAAGGGGGGUGGCGGGCCUGAGUCGGCCCGCGGGCCUUAGUUUGGUGACCCAUGGUGUAUACACUUGAGAAACAUUUAGUUAAUUUAUUACCCUAUCAAUCUUGAUUUGUUAUUUGAUGUAUCAGACAAUGUGUUCUCUUACAUUAGAGAAAGUAUGGGAAUUUGCUAAGGACGAAUCAACAUCUUUUAUUCAAUUAAAUUAAUAGCUCUUAUCAAAUGAUUAUCAGUGUAGCUUUGCCUGUAUAGCAGAAACUCUAAUCACUUUACUAAUCAGGCUAAAGUGCUUUUCUAUUCAGCAAAGUGCUGUUCCUUUCUUAAUAGAGCUGUUUUAAAGGCUAAAUUAGCUAAUAAACGGAAGUAAAUAUGGCAGGUUUGCAUAAAGUGACAACAUAAGGUGAUAGACCAAACUUUCCCUUUUUAACUCAUAGCAGAUUUUUUAAUCCCUUCUUAAAGACCUCAAUAGAGUAAAUAGAGAAUAUAUGAAUAGAAAAUAUAACAUUUUGUUUACCAAAAGCUUUCAAUUUCACAUUUAUAGUUAUUUCAUAUAAUCUUUUUUUUUUAACAGUAUGUGCAAUUAAAAAGUAUAGGAAAAGGUAUAGAGGUAGUUUUGCAUUUGGCUAUGAUCAAAGAUAAUCACAUGUAAAGUUUGCUUGGUUUGUUUGUAUAGUCGUGAAGAUGGGGAUGGGUAAGACAUGAUUAGUCAAUGUGCUUUUGACAUACUUUUAUUUCCUGUUCUACUCUCAGUGGAUCUUCUCACAGUUGACAGCUGUUUAGUUGCACAUCUGGAAAUUGUGAAAGCAUGUACUCACCCCAAACCACUGGUGUUUUUCAACACUGGGGGGACACAUUUCUGCCAAAUAUGUAUUGAAUAAUAUUUUCUCAGUAUGCUAUGAAGCGUUAGAGGUCAACAGUAUUUUGUUGUAUGUACCCUGCAUCAGGCUUGCAAUUAUCAUUGCACGGUAAUGACAUCUUUAGCCACUAUGAGGCAGUAUUGGCAUUUUACAUCCACGGUUACCAAGGACCGAAUGGGCUCUGUCACAGAGUGAGCAUUUAUUUCUUUACUAUAAUCAGACUCUUUCCGUGUACGUAAUGUUUUUUCUCUAAUCAUCAGCUCCCCAGAAGUUCAGCUUGUGGCCAGUGUGGAAGGGUUCAUGUUAGCUUUGACUGGUCAAUAAACCAUCACUGAGCUCCUGGGAGCCGCUGCAGAGCAGAUGGAUAGAGCUGGCAGACGGUUGCCUAUUUAGAGAGGUGACGCUGAACAGGACUCUGUUCUCCUUUUUGGCUUAGGGAAUAAGACUCAUGCUGUUAAUUUGAGUGUAUGACUCUACUGACAAUUUUGUCUGAUGACAUUGAACACAAUGGGGGACUGUGUCAAUAUCGAGGGCUGGAAUUAGCUUUGCAUCCAGGACGCUGUGUUAGAAAGGGAAGAGUAUAGACAGCACUGCUGACCCUGAGAGCUUUUGUAGAGAGAGUGCUUGUAUGAAAAUUGUAUAAAAGAUAAACAUUUAUCCUAUUCAGCUGCUUUAAACACUUAUCAAUAACAAUAUAUCACAAUUAAAUGUUAAAGAUUGGAUUGUAUUUCCACAGUAUUUAAAGGGUUCAUGCAAAAAAUAAAUAUCUUUUAAUUAUUUACUCACCCUUAUGUCAUUUAAUCCCCUGAUGGUUUUUAUUGCUCUUCGGAACAACAACACAGAUUUUUUUCAUUUUUGGGCAUUUUUUUUUUGGAAAGGGCUUAUCCUAGUCCCAAACUAAAAUGCAUGUUUGAGCGGCCUUAAUUUAAAACAUCUUGCAUUGACAUAUCUUAAUAUAUAUCAGUGCUAUUGUUUUGUCUCCAGAUGCACACUAGUACUGUUUUUUGUAAGGUAUGUUAGUAAAAACUCCUUAAAGGUCCUUAUAUAAUUAUGAUUAAUCUAAACCAUGUGUUUUGCUCUUAAAUACAAACAAAGCCAUUAUGAAGGUCAGUAAAUAAUGACAAAAUGUUCAUUUUUGUCUGAGUUAUUACUUUAAAGGUGACAUAGAAUGAUUGAAUGGAGUAUUAAUCCUUGUUCUGUGAUGUGACAUGUAGACAAAUGUUUUUUUGGUUGGGUCUGUAAUGCCUUAUGGCGCUUUUCCAUUGCAUAGUACCCCACGGUUUAGUUUAGUUUGGGUCGGGUCAGCUCACCUCACUUUGGCGUGGUUAGCUUUUCCAUCGAGUUUAGUAUCACUUCGGAGUGGGAGGGAUUAUAGGCAUGUCGUUAUAUUUAUGCUGCCUACUGCUGUGACAUCAUACACGUGAGAGCGUUGUUGUACAUUCCCAUACAUUCAUUUAUUUCUCAGUCUGCCACAAAAUUUAAAUUGGCCACCACAAAUAGAUGUUUGCACAUCGCGUUUAUAACUACCUCUAUCUCAUAUGACAGUUUCUGUUCAAACACCCGACCCGUGGCGUCAGUCGAGCCUCAUUCAAGUUGCAUAUAAGCAUAUAUAAUGCGGACGUGCAUGUCGCGAAUGUGCCGCCACAAACUGCAAGUCUGGAAAAAACUGUUAUGGUGUCCUGGAUUCUCAACCUGCGGAUGUUUUUCAUCGCUAAAAGGGUGUUUGGAAACUUAUAGCAGAACACAGAUAACAACAUGUUUGCUUGAGACAGCGCAAGCUAGCAGUAAGCUAAAGCUAAUAUUUACAUUAUAGCGAUGACGCUUCUCUCAGACCAAUCAGUGAUCUACAGUGUUUUCGCAUCACGUUUGGUAUCAGCUCGGGUCGCUUGGAACCCCAACCGAGGUGGUACGAAAAAAAGUAUCGGGUACUACGUACUGCACCCAAUGGAAAAGCUCCCAAAAGUAA